GACCUAUGAUUCGAUUUGACGUUUCGAGCGAGUUUGCUUGAAAUCGUGCGCGGCGAUCCUCGUCGAUGUUUUGAAAAUAAAAUCAAAAGUUUUCUACGCAAAAUGAACGUUUUACAGCGGCUUUUCCAAGUUUCCAAACAAGCCGGAAGAUUCCCCGUGGCCAUUGCUUCAAAUCUGCUCACAACCUCCAGCAGUAGGGUCCUCCAACACCGGCCAGCUGUUCCGGCACAGUGUUUCUCGCUUUCAUCGCGCCGGUACGAUCUGGCCGAGUUCUUCGAGGACAAGAAAAACCUGGGCGAAAACGAGGUCAAGCAUGGGCGCGCCUGGAACAAGGACGAACUGCGCAUCAAAUCGAACGCGGACCUGCACAAGCUGUGGUUCGUGCUGCUCAAGGAACGGAACAUGCUGCUGACGAUGGAGCACGAGUGCAACGAGAAGAUGGAGCUGUUCCCCAGCCCGGAGCGGUUGGACAAGGUGAACGAAUCGAUGACCAACCUGGAGGACGUCGUGCGGGAACGAAACCGCGCCUACUUCGAGCUUGAGACGGGCGAAACCGGCGAACGACCCGCCAAGCUGGUCACGAACCAGCUCGGGCUCAAGUUCUACUACCGGAUGUUCGAGCACGUGAUUCCAAAGUACGCCAACCGCAAGUGGAAGGAAACGCACCAGUUCCACUACCGCGGUUCGGCCGUGCACAAGUUCCUGCGGAUGUACCGCGAGAAGCUGUACAACGUGAAGCGGAAGCAGCGCAACCGCGAGCGCAACGAGGUGAUGCAUCUGCUGAAACGGUUCCCCGGCAUGGACCGGGUGGCGCUGGCCGAAAAGUAUCCGUCGGUGGACGUCGAGAAGCUGUACAAGCUGGACAAGAUUCGGGGCAAUUACGUGCCGGCAAAGGUGUAGACGUUUGGUAAUGUACAAUGCAACUUGGGGUUAGAAGAUUAAG